UUAAGAAUAAAUAACUUUGAUGUCAAGUUACAUUUCGUUGACCCUUUCUUUGUGAUUCCAGCACGUACCGAGACUGUAAUUGAAUGUUCCAUUCGUAAUAAUAAUAAUCUUUCUGAAGGCGUUAUCUUAGAUCAACACUUAUCUAAGAAUUUAUUAAUCGCUAAUUGUAUAGUUAAAGUUAAGGAAAAUAAUCGUGUAAAUUUAACAGUUGCGAAUACUUCAGACAGACCGAUCACAGUGAAAUCAAGUUUAGACCUCGAUAUUGUACCCUUGCAUUUAGUAGCUUUCCAGAUGGACAAGAAUAAUCGUGAUAUAUCCGCGCGGACUAGAGAGGUAGUUAGUUUAUUAAGAAUCGAUCAUUUAAACACGGAGGAAUCCGAUUCCUUAAUAGAAUUAUGUAGCCGAUAUAUAGACAUUUUUCAUUUACCUGAUGACCAUCUAACUCAUACAACAGCCUUAGACCAUAAAAUCCAAACUUCCACUGAUGUCCCAGUCCAUACUAAAUCUUAUCGUUUCCCGGAGUGCCACAAGAAGGAGGUUGAAACUCAGAUCGAAAAAAUGCUCGAUCAGGGCAUUAUCGAACCGUCUCGCUCACCUUGGAGUUCGCCGAUAUGGGUGGUACCCAAGAAGGCGGACUCACUUGGUCGUCCGCAAUGGAGGGUUGUAAUCGAUUACCGUAAAUUAAAUAAUAUAACCAUUGGUGAAACAUACCCUAUACCCCAAAUCAAUGAAAUCCUUGACCAAUUAGGGAAGAGUAAAUAUUUUUCAACAUUAGAUUUAUGCUCUGGCUUCCAUCAGAUACUCAUGUCCCCAGCGGACGCGCCAAAGACCGCUUUUUCCGUCCCUCAAGGACACUUCCAGUUUAAUAGAAUGCCAUUUGGGCUUAAAAAUGCCCCAUCGACUUUCCAAAAGCUCAUGAACAAUUGCCUCUCCGGGCUUCAAGGUAACAGGUGUUUUGUUUACUUAGACGACAUCGUCAUCUAUUCAUAUGAUUUGAAAACUCAUAUCGAUAAUCUACAAGUCGUUUUUAACAGACUUAGAUCUUUUAAUCUUAAGCUUCAGCCCGAUAAGUGCCAAUUUCUUCGGAAGGAGGUAACUUAUUUGGGACAUGUUAUAGGAGAAGAAGGUGUUCGGCCAAACCCCGAUAAGGUAAAAUCCGUUGUAGAGUUCCCAAUUCCCAAAUCUCAAAAAGAUAUAAAGUCCUUUUUAGGAUUAGUAUCAUAUUAUCGUCGUUUUAUUCCUCAAUUCUCCAAGAUAGCAAAACCCUUAACCUCACUUUUGAAGAAGGAUGUUCCUUUCAAAUGGAUAGAUGAACAUGAGCUGGCAUUCGAAACCCUAAAAAAUAAACUCGUGAGCGCUCCCAUACUUACCUACCCUGAUUUUACCCAACCAUUCAUUCUAACUUGUGACGCUUCUAGUUUUGCCAUCUCUGCGAUCCUUUCCCAAGGUCGUAUCGGCCAAGAUCGUCCGAUCGCCUUUGCUUCACGAAGUCUUAAUAAAGCAGAAAAUAACUAUAGCGUAACGGAGAAGGAGUGCUUAGCAAUAGUGUUCGGAACCAAAGUUUUUAGGCCUUAUCUUUAUGGACAUCGAUUUACAAUCGUAACAGAUCACAAACCGUUGCAAUGGUUAUUUAAUUGCAAGGAUCCUGGAUCCCGUUUAGUUCGCUGGCGUCUUAAGUUAGAGGAAUUUGAGUACGACAUUCAAUAUAAGAAAGGUAAAAUUAAUGUUAAUGCAGAUGCUUUAUCAAGGUAUCCCGUGAAUCCUGUACAGCCCGAGGAUCCAUUAUGUCCUCAUCCCAACAAUACUGAUACUGAUGCUAAUGUAGAACCUCCUCCCGCUCUAGAUGGUGAUCUAAUGGAUUUACUUAUAAGUCCGCCUUCCUUCAAUCCUGACGAAAUCAACUUACCUUUUUCCCCGCCUAAUCUCGAUGACAUUACGUCUAUACCCUUACUAGAUCCUCCCGUCCUUGAACUGCCCACUCAAUCAGCAGCACCACCUUCUAGUGAUCUCGAGGCUAUACCUAUUGGACAACCAACAAUAGAACCUUCUCCCCAGCCCUCGACUAGCGCAUAUCCAGACUUACCUGUCGAUGACUAUUCCACAUGCUUAAAAGCAUUAUCAAAUAAAGAUAGAACUUUCAACACCAAAAUAGAAGAACACAACGGAAGUCUUAUGAAGUCCCCUACGAAAGUAAUCUUAGUUCCUAUCUCCAUCGAUUUAGAUGAAUCGAAUCCAUAUUUACAAGAAAUUAUAAGUAAUCCCGAAAUUUACAAUCAGUUACACCAAUCCGAAAGAGAGCUUUUCUCAUUCCAAAAGGUUGACUUAAAUAAUAAAACAUUUUACUUACUUUUCAUCAAGGUACAUCAUUUCGACGAGACCUCUUAUCCCGAAAUCUUCAUCACCCUGAGAACAAUCAGAGAUCAUCUCGUAGUACUCGAAAACGUUGACGAAAUAUCUAUAUCCGAUUUGAGAAACCCUUUUGAUAAGCAUUCAUUUCCUAAAAUCUAUAAUAUCCUUCUGUACCUUUUCCAUAAUACAUAUAUUACCAUCCGAAUCUAUCAUAAUAACAUCAUAUAUCCUACCCCUACUGAAAUCAAGAAAAUAUUGUAUGAUAACCAUGAUAUCCCGAUAGCCGGUCACUUAGGCUCAACACGCAUGUUUAGCAGAAUAAAAGAAACUUAUUACUGGAAGGGCAUGCGCGGCGAUAUCGAAUCCUAUGUAAAGGCCUGUAAGGCAUGCCAAGAGAAUAAGGCCCUUCGAAAGGUAAACCGUGCACCUAUGCAGAUUACAAGUACCUCGACGCAACCUUGCGAGAGAGUUUCACUUGAUAUAGUCGGCCCUUUACCCGAAUCCGGUCCAGCUAAACUAAAGUACAUCCUCACUGUGCAAGAUGAUCUAACAAAAUUUUCCUCUGCAUACCCUAUUCGCUCUACUAAUGCCUAUGAAACAAGUGAGUGCCUCCUUCAUUAUAUAUCUAUCUUCGGUAUUCCUAAAUAUAUUCUGACCGACCAGGGUACUAACUUUACUUCCGAUCUUUUUAAAGAAACUUGCAAAUUCCUUAAAAUCAAGAACCUAUGGUCGUCGCCAUAUCAUCCUCAGACACAGGGCGCGUUAGAGCGCAGUCACUCAACCCUAAAGGAAUACCUUAAGUCAUACGUAAAUGAGCAGCAAGAUAAUUGGCCCAGAUAUGUUUAUACUGCAAUGCACGCGUAUAAUACUAACGUCCAUUCUACAACACAUUUUUCUCCCCAUGAGUUGAUGUUCGGUAACAAACCAAUUCUACCUAACUCCAUCUUUUCUGAAGAACCAGGUACCACAUACUCAGAUUAUAUUCGCAUGCUUCAGCAUAGGUUAAAACAUUGUAGAGAAAAAGCCCUAGAGUUUAUAAGACGUUCAAAGGAAACAUCUAAAAAUUAUUAUGAUUCACGUACUCGUCCUAUCACUUAUAAGAUCGGUGAUUUUGUUUAUCUUAAAAAUCAUUUACGUUCAAGAAAAGCUCUAUCGCCCGUCUGGAAAGGGCCAUACAAGGUCAUAAAAGUUAAUGGCAACAAUACACUCACCUUAUUAAUAAACAGGCGUCACGUGAAACAUCAUUUUGAUGAGGUUAAAUUAGCCAGUAUUCCACCUGACUCUAACUAAACCACCUAAUUAAAUAAUUAAGUUAGGUAAACUAUUAUUUAAGAUAUAAUAUAGUAAUCGAUAAAUCUCUACAGUGCUGUCAACGGUCAUCAAAAUCUUGUUCGUCAGAUCACCUCGAGUCCAGGGAUAUAUUUUGAUCCAAUUGGCGGAUUAAAGAUCAACACCGGGUACUUAGAUAUUGUCACGCCUAUUGAUAUAUCGCACAUAGAGCCACAUAUAAAACAUAUAAAUUCAGUUCUAGGCACAAUUAGAUAUCUCUGUAAUCAAGCGCAAUUCGAAAUUAUUGAUAAUCCCGAAUGUCAUAGUACUUUAGAACCAUUGACUAUAAGGUACCAUGAUUUAAUUACGGAAUACUCUUCCAUAUCGCAUCUAACCGGUGCAAAUAAACAUAAACGCUCCCCUUGGUUGGGCGGAGUCGGUACUCUAUCAAAAAUUAUUUUCGGCACUUUAAAUGAAGACGACGCCAUAAGAUAUGAUAAUGCUAUUCGCAAUAGCGAAGACAAUACAAAGAGACUAGCUUCAUUAAUGAAAGAGAAUAUAUUGAUUACCUCUUCCUCACUAUCAAAAUUUAAUGAUACAUU